AUGAAAGCAAUCUACGCCGUUCCGGCGACUUUGGCCCUCGUCUACCGAGCCUGGUCGCACCAGUCCCUUACCCCAGCAGGCAUUGUCGCUGCUGUCAUCACUGCUAUAGCCCAUGCUUACCACCCGUGGAACCUUCCUUUCGCGCUGCUUUGCGUAUUCUUUCUCGCUGGAACAAGAGCUACGAAGGUCAAGAAGGAUGUCAAGGCCACUUUGACGGUUGCCUCCCAGGGCACGCCAGGAGGUGAAGGUGCUCGAACUCACGUUCAAGUCUUCGCGAACUCGCUAAUGGCCUCUUGCCUGUCCCUUCUCCACGCCUACCAGUUGAACAAGCGAAAAGAGGCGAUUGUCGACACCACAACCCCGAACCCCUCCGGCACCCUUUGUUACUCUUGGGGAGGUGACCUCCUCGUCAUUGGUAUUAUCGCCAACUACGCCGCCGUCGCCGCCGAUACGUUCAGUUCCGAGUUGGGAAUACUUGCUAAGGGUGAGCCUCGUCUCAUCACAUCACCCACCUUCCGCAAGGUUCCACGGGGCACAAACGGAGGUGUAACCCCACUAGGUAUUGCUGCUGGAGCGCUUGGAUCGAUGAUCAUUGUCACGGCAUCGAUGGUGUUUCUCCCAUUUUGCGGCGAUACAACGGCCGGUAAGGUAGGAGGCGGGCUUGGUGCUUGGACGACUCAGCAGCGAUCGACUUUUAUGUUAGGAAUGACUCUGUGGGGUGUCCUUGGGAGCCUUUUGGACAGUGUGUUGGGGGCUGUCUUCCAGCGCUCUGUCCGAGAUGUAAGAUCCGGCAAGAUCGUCGAGGGCGAGGGUGGAACCAAGGUCCUGGUCUCUACCGACUCAGCUGAUCAUGCCGAUAAGAACCAGAAGCGCGCCGCUAUCAAGGCCGCUGCACUUCAUGGAGAGGGAAAACACGCUGUUGCGCAGGUUGAUAGCAGCGCUGUAGACGAUGGUGAUGCCUCUGACGGUAAAGCUGGAGUCAAGAGGUACGACCCCGGAGACAAGCAUCGCAAGUCUAGCUUUGGUGAUGCGCAGCCUUCUCGUGUUAUUGAGACUGGGUGGGAUCUGCUGGACAAUAAUGAUGUAAACUUUCUUAUGGCUUUCACGAUGAGCCUUGGCGCAAUGGGUGUGGCUAGCUGGUACUGGGGAGUGCCGCUCGAGUCGAUACUGGAUCUAUAG